AUGAGGCUUGACCCUUCCAAAAUUCAGGCUAUUGAAUUGCAAAAUCUUAUUGGUCCUUGGGCGUUGGCAUCUGGGGUUUCCCUCUUCUUGCCCAAUUGCUCCUGGGAGUCGCCGAAUCGGGCUCUCGCGUCCAUCAUGCAGCAUCUGUUCAGCGGUGCCUUGGUGGGAGAAUGCAAUAUAUUAUGCACGAAGGACGUCUUUGAUUUUGGCCUUCCAGGAUCAAAAAUGCAUUAUACACAGUCUAUGCUCAGGGCCCUUAUUGACCAGGAUACUAGUGAUAGCCGGGCCAGCCACGGGAUCGUGAUGGGCUGCAACCCAGGGGAGAAGAGUACACUAGCCCAGCUUAGCGCAGAGACAUUCUUGGGACGGGAACCGGGAGAGCAAGCCACCUUGUCGCCGUCAACUUUCGAGUUUCUCAAGGCAAGGGGCCUCGAGCGGAAUCAGAGCAAAGCUAAAGCUACCGCUGUUCUCUCCACACGCGCUACCAGCAACGUUGGAACGGCCAAUCUUGAAGCCUCCACACCGGGUCCAGUCUAA